CAAGCCGCCACAAGGUUUCCGGUGUUAUGGCGACCACCGGCAACAUCAUCGCUUCAGUCUGGAGAAACGCAGGCUUUGCAUUCAGAGUGCUGUGAAGACAGGCUGCUAUUUCACAUGUCUGGGCAAUUCUGACUAUGCUGCUCUUGGUAGCGCUGGGCAUCAUUUCUUCUUUCACUGUGCUCACCACUGAGAAGGUUGGGAACGUCAACCGCAAACCACCAGCACCGCUGCUCAACUACAGCAGGAUCUCCCUGCCGCCAGAGCACGUCCCCUACUUCCUCUACAACAACAAGAGGGUCGCAAAGCAAUGCCGCCUGGACCCGCUCUGCCCUUUUAAAGAUGCACUGCAGGAUCUGUCGGCAUGUUGGGGCUACGAGAAGAACUGUGAUCCAGGGAAGCGCUUUAGCUAUCCAGUCUGUACAAAAGCUGACUCUGGAUGGGCCCGUUCUUUGGAGGCAGCCCAGGAGCUCUUCUGGAAGCAGGCUGAUUUUGGCUACGUUAAGGAGCGCCUCUCUGAGCUCAAAACACUCUGCAAGGCCAGCAAACCAGGGGACUCAUCAUUAAGAUGUAGUAGCCACACUCGCUUCUGUAAGGCUACUAACCUUUACCUGGACCUCCGAAAGCCGCGCAGAAGUCAUGAGAGAUACAAGGAGGACUUCAUUCAGACGGGUGAGAUUGGUGGUUGUUGCAGACUGAACAAGGGAUCACUUGCUGCCGAGGGAGAGCACAAGAGCCCCUUGCAAUCUUGGUAUGCUGAGCUGCAGGCAUACACAGAGCUGGACUUUCAUCCUAUACAGGAUGGACACUGUGAUGUUGUCAUUGAAAAGCCCUCUGUUUUCAUGAAACUGGAUGCUGGGGUGAAUAUGUACCACCAUUUCUGUGACUUUGUCAACCUCUACAUUUCCCAGCACAUAAACAACUCCUUCAGCUCAGAUAUCAACAUCAUCAUGUGGGACACGAGUUUUUAUGGUUAUGGGGAUCUGUUCAGUGAAACAUGGAGGGCCUUCUCAGAAGAUGACAUCAUACACUUGAAGACCUAUGACUCGAAAAGAGUGUGUUUUAAAGAUGCCUUCUUCUCCCUCCUGCCGAGAAUGAGAUACGGCCUCUUUUACAACACGCCUCUUAUCUCAGACUGCUACAGUGAAGGGAUGUUUAGGGCGUUCUCCCAGCAUGUCCUUCAUCGACUGAACAUCCCGCGAGACGGGCCAAAGGAGGGGCGUGUUCGUGUCACCCUGCUGGCACGCAGCACAGAAUACAGAAGGAUAUUAAACCAAGUGGAGCUGGUAAAUGCCCUCAAGACGGUGCCUUUACUGGAGGUCAACGUGGUGGACUACAAAUACAAGGAUGUUCCCUUCUUGGUGCAGUUGAAGAUCACCAGCAACUCUGACAUCUUUAUAGGGAUGCACGGGGCGGGUCUCACACACCUCCUCUUCCUCCCUGACUGGGCUGUCAUCUUUGAGCUAUAUAAUUGUCAGGAUGAGAGCUGCUAUCGAGAUUUGGCUCGGCUGCGGGGCAUUCGAUACGUGACUUGGCAGAAAAUUGACAAAGUGCACCCACAGGACAAGGGUCACCAUCCAACCCUCGGGGACCAUCCGAAGUUUACCAACUACUCCUUUGAUGUAGGGGAGUUCAUGCGCCUUGUGCUGGAGGCAGCUGAUUACGUCACACACCAUCCCAAAUGGCAACGUCGUACCCUUCACGAUGAACUCUAGAGUCUCUGUGAGUGUGGGACACAUACUUCUGGACGCUGAAGAACUUUUAACAUGAACCUGCCGUCUGUUUUGAUCUAAAGACCUCUUCACAUUAGCGGAGUCAUUUUAAAAGAUUUUUUUUAAAGUCACCUCAUCCAUCAGUGGUCUGGUAAAGUAUUUGUCACCUCCUGUCCGCUGCUUUGAUAGGUCUGGAUGGGUGAAAGCAAUAUGGCGGACGACUCAGAGUCGGAUAGCUUCCACCAGCUCUUAUUAGUGUCAAAUCAGUUAAAAGACAAGGCGUGUGCAGUCGCAGCAUCUGGAGAGCGAUAAGAUGUGUCCUAUGUUUCUUCAUUACCGCUGCUGCAUCUACUUCAUUCCACGCUGACAAAGUUAGCUAAUGAGCAGCUGUUACGGCGUCCCUUCACACGCGACACCUUGUCACAUUUCAUCAGUGUCACCUUGAUGCCAGCCUCCUCAGAGCUGUUGACAAUCCCACCAGAGAUUCUGAGCACAACCAGCGUACACCGGUCUAAUAUGAUGUGCAGUAUUCACAUGCUGGAUUCACACAGUGUUUUUUUGCAUUUAGUUUGACAUAUGAAUUUAAGUUAUGCUCAUCACAAUAACUCUAAGUGAUAGACCAAGGUAUCGGAGACACUCCUUCUGCCAAUAGGGAUGUCUUUUAUAUCAGUGUUAGUGUUUGUAUAACACAUUAAAGGUAAGUACUGUAAAACAUACAUUCAAGUAUUUGUCAGUAAAAUUCAACACUCCAUUCUUUAAUGCAACGUUAUGAAAAAUAAUGUUCCUUUUCUCAGUUGAAAAUCAAAAAUAUCUGGUAGACUUUCUAAAUCUACCUUUUAUUUUUGUGUCUUCUUAACAGUUGACAUGUUCUUCUUUUA